CUCUCUCUCUCUCUAUAUAUAUAUAUAUAUUCGAAAGGAAGCCAAGGCAUUUAAGCCUUGCUUAACUACAUAAUCAAGAUUACAAAAUUAUCAAGUCCAUGGCACCCUGGAUUCCAAACCUCGUUGUAAGGUCACCUGAUCAGUUUUUGUUGUUUAUCAUCAUCCUACUAUUUCCUUGUUCUUCUACUACUUGUUUUGCAAUAAGUGGAGAGGCAAAGGCCCUUGUGAAAUGGAAGGACAGCCUUGAUAUGAAUCCAACUACUCAUUCUCUUCUCCGCUCUUGGAAUCUCAAUUCUACUGAUUCAACUCCUCACCGUCUUUAUAAUAAUACCCCUUGUAACUGGGUUGGGAUCACUUGUAACGGCUUUGGACGUGUCAUCAACAUUACUCUUUACAGCAGUAAUCUGAAAGGUACGCUUCACAACUUCAACUUCUCCUCCUUUCCCAGCUUACUCGUGCUUAGUCUAUAUAACAACUCCCUUUAUGGAAGUAUCCCCAUGCACAUUGGCAACCUUUCCACACUCACCUCACUUGAUAUAGGGAUCAAUCAUCUCUCUGGAAACAUUCCUUCCCAAAUAUGCCUUUUGACAAGUUUACGCUUCCUUGCUUUGGCUAACAAUUAUUUGAAUGGCUCUAUACCACCUCAAAUAGGCAUGUUGGUCUCCCUUGAAGUGAUGUAUGUUUAUAGUAACAAUCUUUCAGGUUCAAUUCCUGUGUCCAUUGGAAACCUGAGCAAGUUAACUGAUUUGGAACUUAGUGAAAAUAAAGUAGUCGGGUCCAUCCCCAUUGAGAUUGGGCAGCUUAAAUCACUCGAUACCCUUUAUUUGGAUGCUAACCAACUCACUGGUUCAAUUCCUGCGUCCAUUGGAAACUUGAGCAUGUUAACUGAUUUGGAUUUUAGUAGGAACAAAAUAGUUGGGUCCAUCCCCAGUGAGAUUGGGCUGCUUAAAUUGCUCACUUUACUAUAUUUGUGGGGUAACCAUCUAACUGGCUCCAUACCUGUGUCCAUCGGACAGCUUACAUCUCUUGAAGAGAUCCACUUGGAUGAGAACUAUCUUAGUGGCUCAAUUCCUGCAUCCAUUGGAAACCUUACAUCCCUCGCCGAGUUCAGUUUGAUCAUGAACAACAUUACAGGAUCCCUUCCUCCUGAAAUGAAUAACCUUACAAAUCUGGAAGACCUUUUACUAGGCUAUAACGUCUUGUAUGGCUAUCUUCCAGAAAAUAUUUGUCUGGGUGGGAGACUUAAAGAGAUUGCAGUAAGUUAUAACCAUUUUACAGGUUCCAUUCCAAAAAGCAUGAGAAACUGCAGCUCCUUAGUCCGUGUUUCAAUUGGAGCGAAUGAAUUUACAGGAAAUAUGUCAGAAGACUUUGGAAUAUACCCAAACCUUGUCUUCAUGGACUUAAGCAACAAUAAGUUUUUUGGAAAACUUACUAGAAAUUGGGCACACUGUCAAAAACUAACCAUGCUGAACAUUUCUAACAACAAAGUUUCAGGCAUGCUACCUCCUGAACUUGGUAAAGCUACUCAAUUGCAGAAACUUGAUCUGUCCUCCAAUUUUCUUAUAGGGAAAAUUCCAAAGGAGUUGGGCCAAUUGAGAUUGCUUUACAUUCUGAAACUCAACAAUAAUACACUUUCUGGAAAUGUUCCUGCACAAAUUGGGAUGUUAUUUGACCUUCAACAGCUUGACCUUGCGGACAACAAAUUGAGUGGACCAUUUCCCAGACAUUUAGAGAAGUGUGCAAACCUACAAAACUUGAACUUGAGAAACAAUAGAUUGAAUGGGGUUGUUCCUUUUCAGAUUGGGAAUUUUCACUCUCUUCGAAAUGUUGAUCUAAGUCGGAAUAUGCUUAUAGGAGAGCUGCCACCAGAGCUUGGAAAUUUGUUCUUGUUAGAAACACUUAACCUCUCCCGUAACAAUUUCAUUGGCUCAAUACCAGCUUCAUUUCAGAAGCUGAUAAGUUUGACAUCCGUUGAUGUAUCCUACAAUCAAUUAGAAGGUCCUCUCCCCCACAUCAAAGCUUUCACUGAAGCUCCAAUCGAAGCCUUGGAAGAUAAUAAAGGAUUGUGUGGCAACAACAAUUGUUUGAAGCCUUGCCCCACACCUAAAAAUAAAAAUAGAAAUCAAGCUGUAACUGCAAUCAUAGUAUCUAUCUCCGGCAUUCUAUUUUUAUUGUUUAUCAUUGUGGGGAUACUUUUUAUUCGCCAAAAAAGAAUGAGGAAUAUGGAUGAACCAAGAGAAACACAAACUGAAGCUUUCUUUGCAGCAUGGAACCACGACGGGAAAAAAGUUCAUGAAGAAAUAGUUGAAGCAACAGAGAAUUUUGAUUCCAAAUUUUGCAUUGGAGUUGGAGGGAAUGGAAGUGUAUAUAAAACACUACUAUCAACUGGUCAACUUGUUGCUGUGAAAAAGUUUCAUGAGAAUGAUGGAAUAGACCAUCGACAAGCUUUCAAAAGCGAGACAAGUAUUUUGCCAAAAGUGCGCCAUCGAAAUAUCAUCAAGCUUCUUGGAUUUUGUUCACAUACAAGAUACUCAUUUUUGGUGUAUGAGUUCAUGGAACUGGGAAGUUUGGUAAAGAUAUUGAGCAACAAUGAAAAGGCAAUGGAGUUGGAAUGGUUCAAGAGAGUGAAUAUUGUCAAAGGUUUGGCAAAGGCAACUUCCUAUCUGCACCAUGAAUGUUUUCCAGCUAUAGUCCACAGAGACAUAUCUAGUAAGAAUGUUCUGUUGGAUGAUGAUUGUGAAGCUCACAUUUCUGACUUUGGUUCUGCUACAACUUUAGAUCCAGACUCAUCAAAUUGGACUCCAUUUGCAGGAACCUUAGGUUACUCAGCCCCAGAGCUUGCUUAUACAAUGGAAGUAAAUCAGAAGAUUGAUGUCUACAGCUUCGGAGUUGUGACAUUAGAAUCUAUCAUGGGAGAGCAUCCUGGAGACCUCAUAUCAUCUCUGUUACCAUCACCAUUACAUGCUAUUGAUGUUCUGCUUAAGGAUGUACUUGACCACCGUCUAUCACCUCCAACGAGGCAAAUAGCAGACCAAGUGGUCUCCAUUGCAGAAAUAGCAUUUGCGUGCGUGCGACAAAAUCCACAGUCACGACCAACUAUGAAGCAAGUAUCUCAGAAGCUCUCAUCUCGACUACAAUCAUUAUCGGUGCCUUUUCAUAUGGUUACAAUCAAGCAGUUGUUAGAUUCCCCAACAUGGACAUCCUAAAUUACUGCAGUUUCUCCUUAUUUUAGAUUGUCUACAUGUCUAUGUGCAUUUUCAUUCACUCUGUCUUUCUUUGUUCGCCACUGGGUUGUUUUUCCUUUCUUGCUUAUUAAGUUAGCCUAAGCUUGGAUAUUCCAAGACGUGGCAGUGUAACGUCUUAAUGAGUAAAGGGACUUUAUUGUAUCUGGCUUCUAGUAUUUCUCUGAUUUUGGAUAAACAA